AUGUUCUUUCACCAAUUCUAAAAGAGUGAAAUAUAAUAAAACAAUACAAACUUUGUUGUUAGGGAAUUAGUUUGAAGUUAAAAAUCGAUAUUUUCUAGUUGCUGUUAUCAGAGAAAACUAUCCGGACAUGUUCUAUGACCAGCACUUCAGAGAACCAGUAUGCCCUCUGCCGUCAUCUAUGUCGUACAACGGGAGUGGUGAGAUAGCCUUGCCGCCUCAACCACAACAUCUACCCAAUACCGGAGCCCGAAGAAGGCAACAGCCUUACGUUAGGAUAAUAGAACAACCAGCAUCGAAAGCCUUAAGGUUUCGAUAUGAGUGCGAGAGUCGCUUUGCUGGCUCUAUUCCAGGAGCGAGUAGUACUCCGGAAUACAAGACGUAUCCAGAGAUCGAAGUGGUAGGGUACAAAGGCAAAGCAGUAGUUGUAGUUUUCUGUGUAAUGAAAGACCCGCCUUAUACGGUUCAUCCUCACAAUUUAGUGGGUAAGGAAGGAUGCAAAAAUGGUUUUUGUACCUUACCCAUACCUGCGGACACAAUGAGGGUUCGGUUCUCGAAAUUGGCCAUACAGUGCGUCAAGAAGAAGGACAUUAAGAGUUCUUUGAAAUUAAAGGAAAAAUAUAACGUGGAUUAUUUUCGGCAACAUUUUGCCCCACAAAAUGAACUGUCUUCAAUAGACCUCAACGCGGUAAGAUUGUGCUUCCAGGUGUUAAUUGAGGGCGACACUCCUGGGAAGUACAGGUAUCCCCUGACACCUGUAGUCAGUAACAUCAUAUAUGAUAAGAAGGCGGUGUCUGAUCUGACAAUAGUCAAGUUGUCAAGUAGAGUCGGUUAUGUCGAUAUACCAAAGAAUAUAAUAUUGGUAUGCGAUAAGGUAGCAAAGGAUGACAUCGAAAUUCAUUUUUUCGAAAUGAAGAACGAUGAGAUAGUUUGGAGUGCCAAGGCCGAUUUCCUGCAGCACCAAGUCCACAAGCAUCACGCCAUCUGGUUCAAGACGCCGCGUUACAAAACGCUGGACGUGACAGAAUCUGUCAAAGUCUUCAUCCAACUCUACAGGCCUUCAGACCAAGCCACCAGCGAGCCCUUACCCUUCGAACUGCUCCCUGCCAACUCAGUUGAUGAUCAUUUUAAGAGAAAGAGGGCCAGGUUGGACCACACCGAUGUUAUGAAUCAAUUAACUGAUCAAGAUAGAAUGGCAAUGGAACAAACUCUGCAAACUCCCUUAAUAGAACCAAUUAACAUAGAACCACUUGCCUUUAUGAAUGACCGGCCGUCAUGUUCCACCUGGCAUAUUCCAGAGAACUCUUCGACAAACAUGUUUAGGCAACACGCAACCUCAUCAGAUGGUAACUGUAUCGGGAAUUUCGACAGCCACCAUAUCAGUUCGGCACAAGCUGGCAACACGAUAAAUGACAUGACUAUACUACCCGGAUUCUUUGAAUAAAAAAGAUUAAGAAAGAAGCAUUCCGUUUACGUAAAAUAUUAUAUUGUCAAGGUGUAUGUGGCGCCAUCUGUCGGAGAAGCGAACAACUAAAACCGCAACGUGUCAAGAAAUCUGAAGACAUUUUCUUGUUGCAGCGCCAUCUCUUAAUCAAGUCGACAAGUAAGGGAAGGAGACAAUAGAAUGUACUAGUAGAUGGCGGAACCUUCCCGAUAAUUUUCGAACAUUCCAGAAACACUCGCCAGGGGGUAUAUAAAGGCCCAGCGCUUGGGAGUUGGACCAGUUUUGAAGUUUGAAUAUACCGCGCUUUAAAUUAUUACGAAUCGGACAAUUUGGUGAAGG